AUGAGUCCAGCCCUCCAGCGAGGUGUCCGGACUCUGUCUUGGACAAGAGUUGUUCCUCGCAUCCACCGACAAACAAGAUGCGUCCAGAUUCGAGCGACGCCCUCCGAGGAGCCCACCCUCAAUGGAGACCAUCUACCCCUCGCCAGCACUCCCAGCUCUGCUGAGUCGCGAGACGCGCGAUUUGACGUUAUCGGCGCUCCAUAUUCACUCCUCUCGGUAUCGCUCUCGGCCUCGCAAAAUCUAUACACGCGCCGAGGAACUUUAGUCGGGUUGAGUGGGAAGGCCGAUAAUUUAACAGGUGCGCCAUCACAACAGGUAGUUUCGACUCUGAGCGUACUCGAGCCUUUCCGCAGGGCUCCCCUCGGAGUGCCAUUCCUCUAUCAGAAGGUAUCCUCCGCCAGCCCAGUCACAGCCCUUGUCUCUGUUCGAUCACCAACAACGUCAUUUGCGGUCGUGAAUCUCAAUGGCUCUGAGGAUUGGAUGGUUGCCCAGCGCCGCGCAUUACUGGCUUGGACGGGCCGGUCUCUGUCUAUCAAACCCACUAUCAACACCAAUCUGAGCCUGGCUCACUGGGGUAGCUCCGAGGUGACGGGACGGGGAUUAAUGGCGUUAGUUGGCAAUGGCCAGGUCUACUCAGUGGAUUUGAAAGAUGGCGAGCAAUAUGUCGCCCAUCCCAGUUCUUUCAAAAGUAACGUCGUCGCCUACACAAUGUCCUCCAACCCUCCACGCCCCUACCGGUUCAAAUCCACUACCCUAAAUUUCCAGGUCCCGGGUCUGAAGACCCUCCCGAGACUCCUACAGAGCAACAAGUUCAUUCGGGACAUGUCCGGCUCUGACGCCUGGAAAAACACCAUGCGUUUCCUGCACAAGCUGCGAACCUGGUCUCGCAUGACCGUCUGGGGAGACAGGCUUUUUCUGCAAUUCGACGGUCCCGCGACUAUUCUGAUGCAAUCGCGUGGCCCCCGCCUGAACGACAUCAUGACCGAGCAGCAAGUCAACGAGAUUGCCGGUUCUCCUCGCGGAAUCACCACCACUGCUGCCCAAUCUCUAGAAUCCAAGCCAAGCAAAGAGGCCGAGAAGGCUGUCAACGGAGUGCCGGAGAUUUCCCGCUCCAUUGAGGACCUGAACCAAGAGAUUCGCGGUAUCAGUCAGAGCGUUGCGCAGAUCCGGAAGGACGGUAAGGUGGAGGUCAAGGAGGUCAGCCAGACCAAGGCUGUGUAA